AUGAAGCGAUGGCAAGUUGCUGCAUGUCCUAAACUCAAUGUUGAUGGAGCAUUUAUUUCGCAAGAAUCAAAUGGUGGAACUGGGGGAAUUCUAAGAAGCUCCGGUGGUGCAUUUCAAGCUGCCUUCGCAAAGCCAGUUUUUCAUGUAAACUCGGCAAAACAGGUGAAAUUGUUGGCAAUCAAGGAAGGACUGCAGUUCAUCAAUAAUCUGCAAAUACAGAAUGUUAUUAUUGAAACUGAUUGUUUAGUAGCAGUCCAAGAGAUUGCAAGUACAGCUGUGAAUCUCUCAGUUACGAGUAGCCUUGUGAUUGAUAUUCAAAAAGAGUUGGGAUCCAUGCCGGGUGUACUGAUCACUUUUGCACCCAGGUCUUCUAAGGGUGGCACAUAA